AUGCGGGCCGUUCAGGAGUCCGUGGCCAGGUCACGGCAGGCUGCCUUGGAGAAGAAGAAAUCCCGCCUUGAGCAGGAGGCCUUGAAGCAGCAGGCCCAAGAGCGGAUUGAUGCCCUUCGGCUUCAGAAGGAGCGCUGCCUCAAAGCAAGGGAGGAUCUGAUGAAGGAGAUCGAUCUUGCCCACGAGGAAGAGGCUCUGGGAUUUCUAGAGGAGAUCCGAGCGGAUCCAGACAUGCUGAUCUCUCACGAUCGCUAUGGUUCGACACUGCUCCACGAGGCAUGUUCUCGUGGCAUGAAGCAGCUCGCCCUUGCCGUGCUCAGCGCAGCUGAGGAGGUGGGUGAAGCCACGCAGGAGAGGCUCACUGAGAAGCUCUUCCAGCGAGACUACCGCGGGCAGACGCCAGUGUCUCAGAAGGUGAAGUUGCGCCCUCAAUGGUUGUCCAGGCUUGUAGUUGCUUUGAUCUACUGUCGGGACCCAUGA